AUGGGCUCGGGAGAGAGUUAUGUGGAAGUCCGUAGGCUCGUAGGUAUGGGGGCGGUGCCGGACUGCGGUACAGCGGCCAGGCAAUGGGUAUGCACGCAUUAUGGAGACGAACAGGACAAGGACGGAGCAGGCGUGGAGGAGCUGCAGAGAGGCUUGUGGUUUAGAUAUUUGAGCUGGUGGUUUAGAUAUUUGGAUUUGUCCUGCGUGGGUAAGGCGGAGGACGGGGGAAAGCGAGGCUGGUGGCUGUGCAGGAAGAAGUUCGUCAAGCGCUUGCUAUGUCUAGACAGCUGGACUGGAGGGGUGGUUGCUGGCGGGUGGUAUGGAGAGGAUGUGGUGAUGGUGGGUAUUCUGCAGAGGAGAUGA